CCGUCGCUGCCGCCGCCGCCGCUACCGAGGCCGAGCGGAGCCGUUAGUCCCGCGCCGCCGCCCGCUCGCCCGCCCGCCCGCCCCGGACCAGCCCCGGGCCCGCCCGCGCGCCGUCAGCUUCUUGGAGAAUACAAUGUCUAAUGGUUAUGAAGACCACAUGGCCGAAGACUGCAGGGACGACCUCGGGAGAACGAAUCUGAUUGUCAACUACCUCCCUCAGAACAUGACCCAGGACGAGCUGCGGAGCCUCUUCAGCAGCAUUGGGGAGGUGGAGUCGGCAAAGCUGAUUCGGGACAAAGUUGCAGGACACAGCUUGGGCUAUGGAUUCGUCAACUAUGUGACCGCCAAAGACGCAGAACGCGCCAUCAACACGCUCAACGGCCUGCGGCUCCAGUCCAAGACCAUCAAGGUGUCCUACGCGCGUCCCAGCUCGGAGGUGAUCAAAGAUGCCAACCUGUAUAUCAGCGGCCUCCCACGGACCAUGACACAGAAGGAUGUGGAGGACAUGUUCUCACGCUUCGGCCGCAUCAUUAACUCUCGAGUCCUGGUGGACCAGACCACAGGUUUGUCUCGAGGGGUCGCGUUUAUCCGGUUUGACAAACGGUCGGAAGCAGAAGAGGCAAUUACCAGUUUCAAUGGUCAUAAACCCCCAGGUUCCUCCGAGCCCAUUACAGUCAAGUUCGCCGCCAACCCCAACCAGAACAAGAACGUUGCGCUGCUGUCCCAGCUCUACCACUCGCCGGCGCGGAGGUUUGGUGGCCCCGUCCACCACCAGGCGCAGAGGUUCAGGUUCUCCCCUAUGGGCGUGGAUCACAUGAGCGGGCUUUCGGGGGUCAAUGUUCCGGGCAACGCCUCCUCGGGCUGGUGCAUCUUCAUCUACAACCUGGGCCAGGACGCGGACGAGGGCAUCCUCUGGCAGAUGUUCGGGCCCUUCGGCGCCGUGACCAACGUCAAGGUGAUCCGCGAUUUCAACACCAACAAGUGCAAAGGCUUUGGCUUUGUGACCAUGACAAACUAUGAAGAGGCCGCCAUGGCCAUCGCCAGUCUCAAUGGCUACCGCCUGGGGGACAAGAUCUUGCAGGUCUCCUUCAAGACCAACAAGUCCCACAAAUAGCGCUCCCGCUCCGUGUCCGUCCGUCCGUUCCUUCGUUUGUGGUUUUUGUUUUGGUUCUUUUGGUUUUUUUUCUGUUUAUUUUUGGGUUUUUUGUUUUUUUUUUUUUUUCGUUUUUGGUUUUUUUU